CCGCUCUCCUCGCCGUCGGCGGUUCACUCGCUCACCGCCGCCGCCGCCAUCCCGCGCUGCCUCGGAACCUCGGCGCUGGGGGCGCGAAGCUUCUCGUGCGAGCUGCUGCGGCCAUGGGGGAUGGCGGGGAGCUGGCGGCGGAGAAGCACGUCCGCUACAUCGUCACCGUGGAGAAGAAGAAGGACUCGUUCGAGUCGCUGGUGAUGGAGCACAUCCGGCUCAACGGCGCCUACUGGGGCCUCACCACGCUCGACCUCCUCCAAAAGCUCCACGCCGUCGAAGCCGACGAGGUCAUCCAGUGGAUCAUGUCCUGCUACCACCCGGAAUCUGGUGGAUUCGGGGGAAACGUUGGGCACGACGCACAUGUCCUCUACACGCUCAGUGCCGUGCAGGUCCUCUGCCUCUUUGAUCGGCUUGAUGCUCUUGAUGUCGAUAAGGUUGCUGAUUACAUUGUUGGACUUCAAAACGAGGAUGGAUCAUUCUCUGGUGAUAUUUGGGGUGAAGUUGAUACUCGAUUCUCAUACAUUGCAAUAUGCGCCCUCUCUUUGCUGCAUCGUCUGCACAAAAUUAAUGUGCAAAAAGCUGUAGAUUAUAUUGUAAGCUGUAAGAACUUGGAUGGUGGAUUUGGAGCUAUGCCAGGAGGGGAAUCUCACGCUGGGCAGAUAUUUUGCUGUGUUGGUGCUCUCGCAAUCACUGGUUCGUUGCAUCAUGUCGAUAGAGAUCUCCUUGGAUGGUGGCUUUGUGAGCGCCAGUGCAAAGAGGGAGGGCUCAAUGGGCGGCCUGAGAAACUUGCCGAUGUGUGUUACUCUUGGUGGGUGCUCUCAAGCUUGAUAAUGAUUGAUAGAGUGCACUGGAUUGACAAGGACAAACUUGCAAAAUUCAUACUAAACUGCCAGGACAAGGAAAAUGGUGGAAUUUCGGAUAGACCAGAUAAUGCGGUUGAUAUCUAUCACACAUAUUUUGGAGUUGCAGGGCUUUCACUGAUGGAGUACCCUGGAGUGAAGCCUAUGGAUCCUGCCUAUGCGCUGCCGCUGGAUGUUGUCAACCGGAUUUUCUUGAGAAAAGAACAUUAGAAGAUGCACGCUCCACAGAUCAUGCUGUGUAACAUGGAUUUCGAAACCCUUCGUUUACUUGAAAACCUGAAAAAUAUCCCCAUGGAAGAACGAAUGCAGCAUCAAGUGGCAUCUAAAAUAUAGUGUCACGAUAUCGCAAAUUCUCAAUUAAAGCUUUCAUGAGAGUCAACACUGACUUCACACUCAACAGCAUGCUUUUACUGACCGAAGUUGUACUGUUCUACGCAACGGCAAGCAAUGCUUUUUUUUUUCUUUUAGAAAAAUGAGACACCAGUAAAGAAUUCUCUUGUUGUAUAUUUCAAGAAAAUGUUUUGUUCGAGUAUCGUCCUAUUGAUGUACUGAUCUU